AUGUCCCAAACACAAAGCGAUGAUGAAGAGACUGGAUUCUUGUUGAUUUCCAAGCUAGAGUCCUCUGGCAUUUCAGCAACGGACAUCAAGAAAUUAAAGGAAGGCGGUUACUAUACUGUUGAAUCGGUUGCCUAUGCACCGAAAAAAGCAUUGCUUGCUAUCAAGGGCAUUUCAGAGACAAAAGCAGAUAGAAUAUUGGGAGAAGCUGCGAAAAUUGUCAAUUUGGGUUUUACUACGGCAAUGGAUGUGCAUCAACGUCGACAAGAGAUUGUUACCAUCACAACAGGAUCUGCUGAAUUGGACCGCAUACUGGGAGGUGGCAUCGAGACAGGAUCUAUCACAGAGUUGUUUGGAGAGUUCAGAACAGGAAAGAGUCAAUUGUGUCAUACAUUAGCAGUUACUGCGCAAUUGCCAGUGUCCAUGGGAGGAGGCGAAGGCAAAUGUUUAUUCAUCGAUACAGAAGGCACAUUUCGCCCCAGUCGUAUUCUUUCUAUUGCAAACAAAUAUUCAUUGAACGGCGAGGAGACAUUAGACAACAUUGCAUAUGCUCGUGCCUACAACACAGACCACCAAACAUCACUCUUGAUCCAGGCUGCUGCCAUGAUGUCAGAAGCACGAUUCUCCAUCUUGAUUGUUGACUCUGCCAUGGCGCUGUACCGCACAGACUUUGCUGGUCGUGGCGAAUUAGCAGCUCGUCAAAUCCAUUUGGGCCAGUUCCUUCGACAGCUUCAACGUUUAGCAGAUGAGUUUGGUGUAGCUGUGGUCAUUACAAACCAGGUCGUUUCGCAGGUGGAUGGUGGAGCUUCCAUGUUCAACCCAGACCCCAAGAAACCUGCAGGCGGUAACAUCAUUGCUCAUGCAUCAUGUACCAGAUUGCAGUUGCGUAAAGGACGUGGUGAAAAUCGUAUUUGUAAAAUCUAUGAUUCGCCUUCAUUAGCAGAGAGCGAGUGCACAUUUGCCAUUAUGGAGGACGGUAUCAGCGAUGCAGUCGAGUAA